AUGGCUACUCCUGCUGCCUUGCCGCCAUUGCCAUUCAACCCGGCCCGAGUACGCACCUACCUCGUCCGACUCCCGCUCUUUACGCGUCUGGUUCUACUAGCCAUUGUCGUGUUCUGGCUGCUCGAGUUGCAAACGGUCUGGGCUGUGGUUAAAUGGGGUUCUUUAAUCCCAGAUGAAGUCUGGCCGACGCAAAGUACGCAUACUCCCCUCCUAAAAGCGCAACUGUGUUCUCUGACAAGUCUGGCUGCUCCAACAGUGUACCGACUUAAUACCUACCCCUUCAUCCACGCGGGCUUCUGGCAUGUUUUGCUGAAUAUUUUGGCGCUUACGCCGUUGCUGGAGCGGUUUGAAGCGGAACAUGGCACCUUGACCGCGGUGGCCUUGUUUAUGGGUCCCCUUUCAACCUUCCCCGCAGGAUUGUAUAUUCUUGGCGAGAAAGUUAUUCUACACAAGAAUACCCCGGUGGUUGGCUCCAGCGUCUGGGUCUUUUUGCUUUUGGGCUCCGAAUCCAUCAGGACGUUCAAGUCGAACCCCCAUUUCAGUCUCGGCCCAUAUAAGAUCCCCACCUGGACCUCGCCUCUGCUUGCCUGUGUCGUUGUCUCCAUUCUCAUGUCCAAUGUCAGCUUCCUUGGCCAUCUCUGUGCCGUUCUAGUUGGUUAUCUCUUUGGUCUCGGUUACCUCAAGAUCUUUGUUCCGCCUGAGAAGGUCCUUCGGUGGAUCGAGGGUAAGCUGAACCUCCUGGGACGUUUGCCACAUUAUAUCUCGGUCGACCAGAAGACAUACGGCCGCUACGGUGUUCUGCCCUCGUCGAACGCGACCGGCAACAACGAGCGCCCGACCGCGAUGAGCUAUUUGGGUGGUACGCAACGCCUGGGCUCUUAA